AUGUUCGGGAGAACGUCGCUAGUGGAACAAAAAAGGAUCCAAUGGGCGAGAGAGAGAGAAGAAAUGGCACGUCUUGGCGGAAGUUGGGGACUUCUCAAGAAUAACAUCAAUAUUCGCACCAAUAUCCGAACCUAUCCGAGCGGCACGAGAAUGUCCUUGGCGGAAACGAAGGAUAAGCAAUCGUCCUCGAAACCUUUUCGUGCUACUGAACAUUACGGAAGCACCGUCAGCCUGAAGAGUCUGGCGACAGAGAGUUCCGGAAACGGCGGUACGAGUCUAAAGUGUCUGGACUGCAAUGGUGGUAGCUUGAUAAAUCUGCACGAGCAACCGGAAGUGUCGCAAAUCAGGCACAGAAGUCCGAGCCUGCCGCCAAUUUACAACAAGGAUCAGCAACAAUAUCUCAGCCAGGUUCGUGGUCAACAACGAGAUUUCGCCACAGAAGGAUUGCAGUACAAUUCAGAGAAAUCUCAACGUCAACAAGAUCAUCGAACCUACGAUCGUUACGAGAAUUCGAAGAACAAUCAUUACGUUUCGCAGGGCGAAGAACGCGAAGGCGAGACUUCCGGUUACGCCAGUGAUUCCGUAGACAUACCUGUAUCGGCAAAAGCAUUGCUGCCCGGUUGCAAGCCGCCAGGAGCAGAAAUGGCCGAGAAAACAUGGCAGAAUCCUUAUCACACGACACCUGACAGUUCGUUGCCACCGUCGAGGAGAUUAUCUGACGGGAGAAUAGGCGAACUUAAUAGGCCAAGGUGGGGCAGUGUCUGGGGUCAGGAGACUGCACGAGGAGAUCCGCCACCACCUUCUUGGCUGGCGAGAUUAGGACACUCGAGUCAAGUUUUGGUAAUCAAUCACGAAAGUGCGAGCAGCUCGGAUAGUUCAACGAUAGGCUCGAUUGGAUCUGAUAAUAAGACUUAUCUUCGCGGCCAAAAUAUUCCCGUCGACGCGGACAUUCUUCAGGAACGAGAAGUAAAGAGGCAAAAAGCUCUAGAACUUCAGACAGCGAUUAAAAAGCAACUGGAGGAGAAGGACCGAUUGAGGAAAGAAGAGAAGGAACGAAAAUUGAGGGAAGAACGAUUAGAGGAAGAACGAAUCGAACGAGAAAGAGAAAAAGAGAAGGAGAGGUUCGAAGAGGAACAAAGAAGAGUAAAAGAACGAGAAACUGCUAAAUUGAGGCAAGCCGAAGCGAUGCGCGAGGUUUUAGAAGCGGCGGAACGUUUAGCGAAAGAGCAAAAAAAGUUUCGGCGUAAAUGUGAAAAAAGCGACGAUGGAGAUACCAUGAGAGAUACCAUUGCAUCUUCUAGGGAUUGUCAAUCAAACGUCUCGAACGAAAGUCAGUUCGAUCAAAAUUGUUUAAGUGCAAGAACUCAAAAGGACAAAGAGGACGAAGAAAAAGGUGAAGCAUUGAAUGAAAAAGAACGUAACAAUAAUAGCAAUAAUCAAACGCACAAUAAUAAUAGUAAUAAUAACAACGCGUCGGAAAAGUCGGAAAAAGAUGGGAACGAUGUGGAAUCAGUUCAAGUUCCUAUUAGCAAAGAUGUGGCGAUCGUGUUGAGUGGUCGACUCGAAGAUUCAGAAUUACUGAACAAAGCAAAUUUACAAUUAGUCAAUUUGGUACUAACUCCAACGCCGAGAAAAUUAGAACAUAAUUCGAGCAAUAAUUUAACUGUAGGCUUGAAUACUUUAAUACAGCACAUAGGAAAUUCGAACAUCGGUCCAAACACCACCAGAAUUUCAUCGAACAUCGUAGAGAACAGAUUGUUGACGCCAAGCAAGUACAGAGUUAUGAACGGUCGAGAUUUUGGGACGCAGACAGAUAUAGAGAACGAUCUUCAGGAUUUUCGGGAGAAAGUGCAGGACUCAAAUGUGAAGGAUAGCUCUAUAAAGGACCGCAAGGAUGCAACAAAUGCUAGUAAAAGGGACAUUGAAAAGUGAGUCGGUAAUAUGAUGCAUUGAAUCACUUGAAAACUUGAAGAGUCGUGUGUUAAUGUCGGUUUGACGGACGAAAUCACCGUGAAAACUCUGCCCCGAUUAAAAUCUCAAGUUAGAAGAGGCAUCGAAUCUAGGCCACAGUGGAACGCUAAUCGACCAGGAACACGAUAUCGCACGCAAAGUGAAAAGGACCCUCAUUAUCAACGACGAUUGCGAAUGAGAAGACGACAGGUUGAAUCAAGCGAUGAACGUUCAAGAUCACCAUCUCCUGACAGAAGAAAAUUUAUAAAUGUCAAAUCGAAAAUUCGAACACUAAACAGAUCGAAAGUAAAAGUCGACAGUUACGACGCAGAUCUUUCAAUGGAUAGUCUGAAUUCCAUUAUACCAUUACGAACAGAUAAAAACGGACGAAUCAUCGUUGAGAAUAAAUACGAACAAAAUGAUAAAACUCGAUUAGAAAACGAUUGUUUUAACGAGGCUGAUAAUGUUAAAGAAUCACGAAAUGAUAAUUCUAAUGUCUGGUGCGGACAAGAAAUUUUAUCUAAGCUAUCUACUUUGAAGAACGGUCUUCUAAUGAAACAAAUAGAAUGGGAUUCCGAGAGAUGCCUGGUCUCUCCCGUCGCAUCAGAAAUCUUUUAA